GCAAUGGAUGCUUCAAAUUAAUACCAGCCCAAAAGUUUGUUUUUUUACAUUUAGUAUAUAUCGGUGGAACGCAAGAUUAGUUGGGAUAUUGUCAGGAUCGAGAAAAAAGGUUGCACUCUGAUAUAACAGAUACUCUUUAAAAUGUUAAGGAUAUUUCUCGCCGUUGCUCUUCUGGCAUCUGAAUCCAGCGGAUAUUCAAGCGAAUCCUCCAGUGAGACCUCUAGUCCAACCCCUAGCGAAUCCUCUACAUGUGAGGAUACUCCAAGCGAGCCAUCACCCCAUCCGUGUCCCCCGGUCGCCGUCGGCCAGUGUUGUGACUACUGUCCAUUCUGUAAAGAUGAAAAUGCUAUAUGUGCCACAUACGGAUUGGCUCAAAUGUGCAUCUGCAAAACUUACUACACAUUCGACUAUGACUGGAAUGAGUGCGUCCCUGAUGAUCCCAAUAAUAACCGCGGUUCGGAUGACGAGACACAGGACCAAAUGAUGAAGGUUGCACGAAAUGGAGCGCCGAUGCUGGGGCUGCCAUACACCCCGCCUUGGGUCUUAUAUCAUGGUUGGAGCUACCGCUACUAUGACGAGAUAGCUCAGUCUUACUGCGCUUCCAAAUUGAGUGUCGGAUAUGCCUUCGCAUAACGUCGAAAUUGUGUCCGCGUUGCACCUUCGUGUCGGAGCAUCUGCGCGAGGGCACAGGGCAGCAUCCUGAGAUACAUUAGGAACCAGAGAACUAAAGUGAGUUGCUACGACGCACUAAAUGUAAGGAAAAGUCACUACUGGCUGAGGGCAAGCCCGGGUUACACCCAACUGGACGCAAACAGGGUUCAUACUCAAACCUACAGUUAUGGUAUUUACGGGUGUAGCUGGAGGCCCAACGACUGUGGUCCAAACUACUGCUGCUGCAAGGCGUAUAGGUUGCCUCCUGUAUCGCUUAGAAACGCAUCGCUUGACGUUGGAGAAGAAGCAAAUAUGUGACCAGUUACUUGAACUUUACACAACUGAACUGAAACAUAUCUGUAUUCGUCAUUAACAUGAAUUAUGUCAGUAAAGUGUGAAGACAUAAA